UUAAUAAUGUAGUUUUAUCCGGUAAUUUCUUACUUCGUCCCUUUUAACUUUCAAGUGCUAAACAAGAUUUUGGCAAUGGAAAUAGAUUCCAUUUUAGACGACGAUGACUUAGAUAUACAAAUUUUGGAGGUUAAAAACAAGAAAGAAAAUGCACCUGUGGAAACAAAGCCAAUAAUUAAAAAAUCAACUUUAAAGAUCAAUCCAGUAGAAGAACAUUUAUUAAAGCAAUUACAUUGUGUACAUAAUCAAAUAGAACAGGCGAAAAAUAAUAUUGAACUUAUUGAGGCGGUAACGGAGACAACAUUAGACAAUUUAACUGCACAAAGUAGUUAUAGAGAAGAUGUUAGCUCAGAGUCGGAUAAUGAUCUAUAUUCAAGCACUGGCGAGCUGUAUAUAAAAGAAAAAAAGAAUAAGUUUUAUAAAAAGCGUCGAGUACUGCUUGUGCAAGAUCUUUGGCAAAGAGUUUUUGAUAACAAAUGGAUCAUUGGACUUUUGGUAGAGAGUACAACAUCUUGAUGAUGUUUUCAACUAAAUCUUUGAUGAGACGGCUGAUUGCUACAUAAUAGGUAUUUAUGGAACAUUAAGAGAUGCUACCUUAUCACCACCUUACUUCAGAACAAAGCAAAUUUUUGAUGAUAUCGUUCAUCAUAUAUCUAGCGAAAUUGCUUGGAGCAGUGUUUGAAGAUAUAUA